AGACAGAGAGGUUACCGAAAGGAACACACCAACUUACCGCACUCCGAGCCCGUGCAAAAGCAGAUGGCGGCAGCAGCUCUGUCAACCUGCGUCCGGAGAUAAAGUCCAAAUUUGGAUAGAAAUUCCUGCCCUGUCGUCGCUCGCCAACACGAUGGCCUACUUCGAGCAGCAGCGCUGGGUUACGGUCCAGGAAAAGACAUUCACAAAAUGGCUGAACACCAAGCUGGUGGUCCGCAACCUCGAGGUCAAGGACCUGGUGCGCGAUUUGUCCGAUGGUGUGUUGCUCAUCCACUUGCUCGAAUGCCUCUCGAACGAGUCUCUCGGGCGGUAUGCCGCCAAGCCUAAGCUUCGAGUCCAGCGAUUCGAGAACGCGAACAAGGCCCUCGACUUCAUCAAGUCCCGCGGGAUCCAGAUGACGAACAUUGGUGCCGAGGACGUGGUAGACGGGAACCGCAAGAUCAUACUCGGCCUGAUAUGGACCCUCAUUCUACGCUUCACCAUCAACGACAUCAACGAGGAGGGCAUGACGGCCAAGGAGGGGUUGCUCUUAUGGUGUCAGCGCAAGACGGCGUGCUAUGACGAGGUGGACGUGCGCGACUUCAGCGCGAGUUGGAACGACGGCCUUGCAUUCUGCGCCUUGCUCGAUAUCCACCGGCCGGACCUGAUCGACUACGACAAGCUCGACAAGUCAGACCACAGGGGCAACAUGCAGAUGGCGUUCGACAUCGCUCACAAGGAGAUUGGCAUUCCCAAGCUGCUCGACGUAGAGGACGUGUGCGACGUGGCCAAGCCCGACGAGCGCAGUCUGAUGACCUACAUCGCAUACUGGUUCCACGCUUUCUCCCAGAUGGAAAAGGUGGAGAACGCGGGACGCCGAGUCGAGAAGUUCGUGAACAAUAUGCGGGGUGCCUGGGAUAUGCAGAGCGCCUACGAGCGAAGGAUGGCGGCGUUGCUCAAGGCGAUCCGUGAACAGAUGCUGAGCUGGCAGCAGGCCAAGUUUGAGGGGACCUACGCCGAUGCCAAAGCGCAGGCUGCCGACUUCGCGGCGUACAAGAAGGGGCGGAAGCGAGAGUGGGUAGCAGAGAAGAGCGAGCUAGCAACAUUGUUGGGUAACAUCAAGACCAAGCUGGGCACGUACCGUUUGCGGCCGUAUGAACCACCGGCAGAGCUGAGGUUAGAGGUCCUGGACCAGGAAUGGGCGAACCUGACAAAGGCAGAGAUGGCUCGGGGCCAGUUGAUCAACGAGACCAUCAGGGACAUCAAGAACGCUCUCCGCAAGUCGUUUGCCGACAAGGCCAACGACUUCGCGCUGGCCCUCAACACCAUCCAGCUCGCCAUAUCCGGCCUAGAGGGCGACGUCGAAGACCAACUCCACCACGUACGGAAGCUCGCGGACAACCUCCCGCCACUAGACGCCUUCCUCAAGACCAUCGCGGCGGUCGACGCCAAGUGCCAGGAAGCCAACAUCGAAGAGAACGACUUCACCACCUACACCUACGACGAGCUCUGCUACGAGCUCUCGCUCGUCCAGUCCUCCGUCUCCAAGAAGCUCUCCUUCCUCGAGAACCAGAUGGUCGCCCGCAACAUGACCAACCUGACGCCGAUCCAGCUGGAGGAGUUCGAGUCCGUGUUCCGGCACUUCGACCGCGACGACACAAACACGCUGUCGGAGCUCGAGUUCAGCGCGGCGCUCGCCUCGCUGGGGCUCAUCUUCUCCGAGGACGAGAUGCACGACUACUUCGUCGAGACCUCGGGCGGGCGCGACCGCGUCACGUUCGAGCAGUUCAUCCGCUUCAUGGUCGACGUGACCGAGGACCAGAACACGGCCGAGCAGGUCUUCCAGAGCUUCCGCGAGGUCGCCGACGGGAAGCCCUACGUCACCGAGAUGGACCUGCGCCACUCGCUCGUCCCGGACGACGUGAUCGAGAAGCUGGUCGAGAUCAUGCCCGUCCACAACGGGCCCGAUAUGCAGGCGGACCGCGGCCAGCCCCAGUACGAUUAUAUCGCCUUCAUGGACAGGAUGAUCGGGGACCCCGAGGUAACCGGGUCCGGGACCGGGAGGGCGAGUCCAUCCAAAGGGUUCGUAAACGGGGCGCAUUAAGAGAGAGGCGUGGCGAGUGGGGCGGUGGUUUGGCAAACGUUGGUCGCUCUGCGAGCGGACGCGGACGCGUGUGUUCGCUUCAG